AUGCCCGCCGUCGGCACUGCCGACAAUGAGGACGACGUUGCACGCCUAUCUCCUGGUGCGGAGUUUCGGGAAGAACCUGGUGAUCUUGUGCCCAUGUGGUCUGCUCUGAGAACUCACCCCCUCAUGGUGCAGAGAAAGAGUUCCGUUGACAACUUUUGUGAUCUUCGGUUCCAGGAGAACCUCCUCAUCACCAUGGUGGGCGUUGAUGAUAUAGAAAUGGCACGUGCUAGUGUGGCUGUGGACAAGACGUUCUUUCAGGGGAACUUGUUACAAAUCGAAUCCCACCUCUAG